UACAACGGAGGAGGGCGCAGGCGAGCUCGGCUAGCCGGGCAGGUCGACUGCCGCGGCGGUUCCGCUCGGACCCCGGCCCGGCCCAGCGUCUGGCCUCGCGAUGGAAGCUGUCGUGCCGGCGCUGAGCAAGUCAGCAUCCUCGAAGGACCGACAUCCCUGAAUUCUGAGAAAAGCCCUACACACUCUUUGCUUCGCUUGGGGGGGGGGGUCACUACUGCGUGUCGGGUCCUCCCUCAGCCCUGUAGUGGCAGCCUAGUUCAACAAAGAAACAGGACAAUGAUACUGACAUUUGUGCUGGGCAGUGGCCCUUGGAGAGGGCCUUCACUCCGGCCCCUCUUGGGGUCCUCACUGUCACUCAGGACUCGCUCAACAUCAGCCACCGAUACACACCAUGUAGAGCUGGCCAGGGAGCGCUCCAAGACGGUCACCUCCUUUUACAACCAGUCAGCCAUUGACGUGGCAGCAGAGAAGCCCUCAGUCCGCCUCACUCCCACCAUGAUGCUCUAUUCUGGCCGCUCACAGGACGGCAGCCACCUUCUGAAAAGUGGCCGCUACUUGCAGCAGGAGUUACCAGUGAGGAUUGCUCACCGCAUCAAGGGCUUCCGCAGCCUUCCUUUCAUCAUUGGUUGCAAUCCCACCAUACUGCACGUGGUAAGUGUCUGUGGCAGCUCCGUGAAUUCCCAUACUUAUUCCACGCAGCAUGAGCUAUAUAUCCGGGCCUUCCAGAAGCUGACAGACUUCCCUCCGAUCAAGGACCAGGCAGAUGAGGCCCGGUACUGCCAGCUGGUGCGACAGCUGCUGGAUGACCACAAGGACGUGGUCACUCUGUUAGCCGAGGGGCUUCGUGAGAGCCGGAAACACAUAGAGGAUGAAAAGCUGGUCCGGUACUUCCUGGACAAGACUCUGACUUCAAGACUAGGGAUCCGCAUGCUGGCUACCCAUCACCUGGCGCUGCAUGAAGACAAGCCUGAUUUUGUGGGCAUCAUCUGUACUCGUCUGUCACCAAAGAAGAUUAUCGAAAAAUGGGUGGAUUUUGCCAGACGCCUGUGUGAGCACAAGUAUGGCAAUGCCCCUCGAGUCCGCAUCAAUGGACAUGUGGCUGCCCGCUUUCCCUUCAUCCCCAUGCCGCUGGAUUAUAUCCUGCCUGAGCUGCUCAAGAAUGCCAUGAGAGCCACAAUGGAGAGUCACCUAGAUACUCCGUACAAUGUUCCUGAUGUGGUCAUCACCAUCGCCAAUAAUGAUAUUGAUCUCAUUAUCAGGAUUUCAGACCGGGGUGGAGGAAUUGCUCACAAAGACCUAGAUCGAGUCAUGGACUACCACUUCACCACAGCCGAGGCCAGCACCCAGGACCCCCGAAUCAGCCCCCUCUUCGGCCACCUGGAUAUGCACAGUGGCGGCCAGUCAGGACCUAUGCAUGGCUUUGGCUUCGGGCUGCCCACGUCCAGGGCCUAUGCGGAAUAUCUCGGUGGCUCCCUGCAGCUGCAGUCUCUGCAGGGCAUUGGCACAGAUGUCUACUUGCGGCUCCGCCACAUUGAUGGCCGGGAGGAAAGCUUCAGAAUCUGACUGCGGAUUUUGGCCUCCUAGCCUGCCACACUCCUAGGACCUUCUGGGCCUGGUGGGGGCCCACUAAGCGCCACACAUUGCUGCUCUGUGGAACUUAGGGCCUCAGACAGGUGGACUUACACGGAGCUGGGCACCACUCCUCCUCAGCAGGGCCCGCUGCUUCCUACCUCCACGUCUUGGAGGGGAGGAAGCAGGAACCCUGGAGGCCCUAAUACCAGCUCUGCUGUUCUCACUCUAGAGGAAUCCUUAUUUGACCUGCUGUUUAUUAAAGUUUGCAUUUUGAAUGCCCUCUUGGGCCCCAAA